GUCACACAACCAACACAAACAACUGGCUGUCACCUGUUUUUUUUAGUCGAGUCGAUCAUCUGGCGCGCUGCAUCGCGAAUUUCAUCAUCUUUCGCGACCGAACAGGCGGAAGGGUUAAAGUGGGUUAAAGUUUCUCCCUCCAGCGAGUCCUUCCACACGUGGAUAAUAUUCGCCGGUGUCUAACGGAACGUGCAAACUAUCAGGUACGCAAAAUAAGCCAGGAUGCUGCGGGCCGUUCGCGGGCUGUCUCCCCAACCGCAAACUAUCCUCGUGAUGUAACGCAUCACGCUCAUGCAAGGAUGAGUAGUAAAGCUCCAUCGUUCAACGAGACCCACUCGGAUAAGCUCGCCCGCAAGGCCCGCGAAUCGCCCUUCAUGCCGAUCGGGAUUGCCGGACUGUGCGCGGUGUGUGCCAUCGGUGCGUACAAAUACAAGCACCGGGGUGCAAUGUCCACGUCCGUGUUCCUGAUGCAGUUGCGAGUGGCCGCCCAAGGCACUGUUGUCGCUGCACUGUCCAUCGGUCUUGGCUACACGAUGGCAAACGAGUACAUCUUCAACAAAAAAGAGUAAUAAUUAGGAGGCUAUUAGGAUACUCAAAGAAGUGUAAAUAAGUAUUAAUGGAUAGAGCAAGACACUAUUUAUUCUCCAUUGAGUCCCGCGGCCACAUCAGCCCCCUAUGUUCCAAACCCCAUGUAACGACGCUACCGUUUCUGGUGCCAGGCACAAGAAAAAACUGUGAUUGAUAAGCUGUUAUCGAGAUGACAAACGAAGCAUGUAUGUGGAUGAUAUUGGAUGUGAGUGCCAGGCAUCCGCAAUGCACAGGCACUUGGGGCGAGAAUGCACAGGAUUGGUAUAUCUCAUUUAGUGUACUGAACGGGUUUUGCUAUCUGUUUUAUAUUUUCCUAAAACGAUCGAUUGCCUUAAUCUCCCAAACGAUUCGGACUAGAUUGAAGAAGAAAAAAAAUCAACCAAUAGUUUAAAUCUGGAAAACGAUUGAAAGUGUUUAGUUUAAAUGAAAGCUGCUUAAAACCUGGAACAAUAUAAACGUCUAUAUUACCAAGUGCAAAA